UUUGUGCAGGCAGCAGCGCACCAGAAGAAUCUCGAUAUCGGGGCGAAUAUUUUCAUCGGGAAUCUGGAUCCGGAGGUGGAUGAGAAGCUGCUGUACGACACGUUCAGCGCCUUCGGCAUGAUAUUACAAACUCCCAAGAUUAUGCGCGACCCGGAGACGGGCAAUAGCAAGGGCUACGCCUUCGUCAACUUUGCCAGUUUCGAGGCGUCGGACGCGGCCAUCGAGGCCAUGAACACGCAGUAUCUGUGCAACCGCGCCAUUUCCGUCUCCUACGCGUUUAAGAAGGACUCCAAGGGCGAACGCCACGGCUCGGCGGCCGAGCGCCUCCUGGCCGCCCAGAACCCCAUCGCGCAGGCCGACCGCCCGCAUCAGCUCUUCGCCGACGCGCCCAACGCCGGCGGCGGCACGGGGUCGGUCACGGCGGUAGCCCCGCCCCCCAUGACCCCCCAGGCGGCCUACAACACCUUCGCCAAUGCCGCCGCGCAGAUGAUGCCGCCCGGGAUGAUGCCCAUGCCCUUCUACGGCUUCCCCAUGGGCAUGCCGCCGCCCCCGCCCGCCGGCAUGCAGCCGGGACCGGGCAUGAUGUUCCCGCCGCCGCCGCCCCCUCCCGGGGCGUUUAUCCCCCCGCCACCCCCGACCGCCACGCAAUGAGCGAUUUUUUCCUUUGAUUUUCCUGUGUUUUAUUUUGAUUCGCUGCUUAUUGAUUUUCCUUUUUUGUUGUUGUUGCGACUUAAUCAGCAUUUUUAAUGUAUUUAUCUGGUUAAUUAUGUAAUAGAAACAUUAUCGGGAAAUUCCAUAAAACGUUAUUACGUUUUAUACGUUUGUAUUUAUUUUCACCGAGUUCAUUUUUGGCUUUAUUUUGCACCGUAAUUGGCUUGCAGUUCCAAAAUAUAC